AUGUCAUCUUCUCCUCGGGUACCAAGUACGUUGUCGGUCAAGGCACCAGAUUCUGCUAAUGGAUCCGCCAUGAGUUCUCCCAGUUCGGAGAAUCGACAAGGCGUCACCAUCGAUAAUACUCAGACUUGGACAUGGUUCAAUCCAAAGCGGCAAUUCUACGUUCUCAAAGCGAUCUUCAUCGUCCUCUGUCUUAUUGAUAUUAUGCACUGGGCAUAUCUUUUGAGGGACGACUCUGCCGAAAAUCCUAAUUCAUGGCGAUUUUAUAAGGAUUUCCAGAGUUUUGAUGUAUACUACCUUGUAGCUCGAAUGUUUGGUGACAUCUUCACUUGCGUGCUGGGACUUGGAGCGGCCAUGUGGACACGUAAACCCGUUCUCACCCUUCCCUGCACUAUGAUACAACUACUUUUUCUAAUCAUCAGAGGAGCUAUCUGGACAGUACGAGCAUAUAACAAAACUUUAACCCGGGUGAAAUCCACUAGCGAAGACAGGACUUUUGUUGCCUUGGAGUUUAUACUUCCUGCUGUAUGGGCGUUACUAUCGGUAUUGAUUGUGCAUGUUAUGAAACAGCUACGAUCCUAUGAACAACUACAUGGCUAUGCUCAUCCACCAAUUAUCGUGCUUACUGUGAAAAAUGACGAUAAUGAUGAGAGUGUACAGAUAGAAAUUGCUUAA